AAAUUGGCCGAACACUGGGCAAUGAAAAAAAAAUCGGCAACAACAGCUGCACAACACUUUCACCGACCAAGUGACAACCAAGCACAUAUAUAACCGUAGAUAACAGACCUAAAUUACACGAGUUCUUUACGUUCCUUACGAUUCAGUAACGACUAACACGUGACAGGCAUUAUUACUCCAUCACUCCACAUGCGAGCAGUACUAGACAUUAGGCUGGGGCCACACGAGCGCACAGAAUGCUUCCGUUGUAACGCACAUCGUGACGUCCGUUGUUGAAAUAGAAAUCAAAUCCAAUCAUACGAGGCACGCGCGCACUUCUUGACGUACGUCAUAACGUGAGUUGAUUUUCGAUGGACGAAUUUAUGUUCGAACGUACAUUGAGCCUUGCUGACUGACGUCACAGCUUUGUGUAGCCUCGAAUGUUGCCGGCCAGACGAGCGCAUAGUGUAACGUCCAUCACUUGUCGUAUCCGGUUUUCCUGUUCACUUACUGCUGUUUCAUCUUUCACUGUGCUUCAUCGUUUUACCAUGGAUAUUGAAACGUUGAUAUGUGCGGUACAACAUCAUCCGCUGUUAUGGGACACUGCAAGCGCUGAUUACAAAGAUAAAAGAAAAAAACACCAGGCUUGGGUUGAAGUAGCGAAGAUUUUAUUCGAAGAUUAUGACAACCAGUCUCAAGAUCAACAAGAAUUAAUUGUACGAGACGUGGUAUCGAAAUGGAGAACAGUACGAGAUAACUACGUUAGAAACCUAAAACAACGAUCCAUAAAACCAGGUUCCGGAGCCAAGAAAGUGAGAACAUACAUCUACAGCAAGCAAUUAUCCUUUCUAAAGAAAUCUUCUGAACCAACACCUACAUUUCGUACCAUGGAUACUCAACCGGACUCACCCAAAAAUGAAUGUGAUGGAGAUAAUCGCGAAACUGAAGAAGACUACCAUACUCCUACCGCCAAUGAAACAGUGGUUCUUCCUCAACAGCUCCCAUCUUCACGUAAAAGAAAGUUAACGGAUGUUGAACGUAGUUUCAUUACAUUUAUGGAAAGUCACAGCAUGAAAAAGGCAACACCACAAGAUGAUGAAGAUUUAGCUUUUUUCUACUCUAUUUUGCCCACUGUUAAAACACUGACGCCGAAUGAGAAAUUCACAUUCAGGAUAGAAAGUAUGAAACUUCUACAAUACCUAAAACAAGCCAGAUCAUUUCCUCCGACCCUUCCUCCCUACCAAGGCUAUACAUCGCGACCACCAUCGAAUACAUCGGAUGCUUCAUUAUUUUCAAACUUUUCACCGGGCACGGAGGCUUCAAGUGACUAAUGCCCAGCUGUCCCAGCCCUACAGUCAUAAUCGGUCAUAAUCGAUUGCAACGUAUAACAGUUGUGAUGAUUGUAAUCGUCGAAUGGCCAUUCGGUUGUGUUAGAAACUAUAAAUAUUAAUCAGGUAGACUGCAUCCAAACGAUCCAAACCAUGUAACAUUUGUCGCCAUUGAUUGCAGGCUCAGAGGGCUUGGAGAGACUGGAAUGUUUUAAGCCAAUUUCUGUGGAGUUGCGAAGAGACCUGUCCACAGUAGUGUCCUGGAUAUCCUAGGUCCUAGACCGUGUUGCUAGGAAUCAAUAUGGAUUCAGCUGUCAGCACGAGACAAGUAGGGAAGGAGUUAAUGUUAUGGACAUGACCAAUUAGAAGGUACUGCAGGAACAGUUGCUUCACCCCUACCUUGUACAACCCGUGCAGGGCCCCACGCCUGCUGAUUUUCCAGCGCGAGAGAACUUGUCGCUGUUUUGUUCAACAAAGUGCUGAGCAUGUGUUUCAUCAGUGCUUUUUACAGAUGAGGCAUGUUUCAGUACUGACAGCGUCAGUAUUCACGGCAAACAUCAGUCGCCAGAGGACAUCGGCUUACAGGCAACUAAUACCGAGAUUUCCUCUUACAAGAUCUGCCAAAACUACUGGAAAAUGUACCACUGGCAGUCAGAGGACAGAUGUGGUACAUGCUUGGCAGUGUUCUGGUACGUUUUGGCCAUACUGUGCGAGAUGUUUAUUGUUUUGGUACAUGUAACUUGUUCCCAAAGUUUUUCCAAACCUUUCAGUUACACUCUGUAGAAUGCUAUUAGUAGAAAGUAUUGAACAUUGGUGCCAAACGUGUAUUCAAUCUGUAGGUGGUUAAUAUAUCCUACUGUCAGCUAUAUAACAGGGUUUGGUUUGGCAGUUGGUUUUACUGAACUCUUACAGAACAUAACUACAAAUAACUAUAGUGCUAAUGCUAAUGGACACACUUUACAAUUCACUAAAGCACGUACAACAUCUUCUCAGCCUGCUGUAUCUUCAUUGGUUGUUGCCUGGUAUCAGCUUCCAAUGCCAUAGCUUCCUCAGCUUUUGUAUUGAUGUCCUUACUGGCCAGUGACUGUCUUACAACAAACUUGGUUGGUUUCAUAACUACUGGGGGCACGCGAUAGCAUAGUUUGUUGAGGCACUGUGCUAUAAGCUGUAAGGUUUGAGUCCCAAUGAGGUGGAUU